UGCGUGGGGCGCCCUGCCAGCCGCCGAGCGACCAUGAGCCGCGGCGCGGGGGUCGCGGAGAGCAGUGUUGAUCACAGUGCGUCUUCAGAAGAAAAAGAUUGCCCCAGCCCCAACCUAAACACUUCAAAGGACUCUAAGUCAGGAGAGGACAGCGGCUCUGAGAGCGGUUCUGAAAGCGACUCUGAUAAUGAGGAGCCAAAACCAGAAAAAACAAAUGGGGAACUGGGAGAGUCUCCCACCGAGGGUGCGUCUGCUCAGGCUAAAGAAUGGGAGGAUAAAGAAUUGCCCACCGGUCAUUUUAAUUCAGAAUCGAUUAAAAUUGAACCUCACUGUGAACACUGUAAUGCUGAAAAUAAACACAAUGAACAAGUGACACCCAGACGCCUUUCCGGGGGACAGUUUUUAAUGAAGGUGGACAUGGAGGGAGUUUACGAGUGCACGGAAACUGGUCUGAUAUUUGAGGUUAACGGAAAAGUUGACAUCAAGUAUUGCAUUUUGUCCUGGAGCAAAUACGCAGACCUGGUUGUGAAGCCCUGGGCUGUUGGAGGACCCUUGUUUGAUGUUAAAUGUGACCCAGCCUGUCUUACCUCCAUUCAGUUUCCACAUUCCCUCUGCUUGGGUCGCCAUGAUGCCAAUAUGACAUUCAGGGUCCUGCAUAUCAAAAAUUCUGAGGCCUCCUUAGAAUGUACUGUGGAUCAUUCUGCAACCCAUGUCAAAUGGCACGUGAGCUCUCUGUCUCCUGUGGGACCUGUUAUUCAAAGUGAAGAAACAUUAUACCACCACGGGGCUGUGAUUCUGUACAAAGUCAUCGACCAUAAUCCAUCCUUGUCUUUUCGUGUGUACGUGGCAACUAACAACGAGUCCUUCAUCAAGGAUAUUUCAAAGUCUGUCAAGCACUCCUCUAAGAAAUUCAUGAAAAUCGACAAGCCUCCUGUCUGCCAUAAGUUAUUGCAGAAUGGGAAGAAGUACAGACUGGUCAGUGAACCAGAAGCUGAUAUCACCCCAGAGGAAAUUGAAUUUGUGGAUGGUUCACUUUUAAAACUGAAAAGUUACAUUGAAGUUUAUUUGGAGCAGCCAGUGGAGUUUAAAUUACUGCUGGUGGAAAUGGAUUCCGAGGAGAUUGUAUGGAAAGCGAAACUGAGAGAAUGUGACUGGGUGCAACGUGACCAGAGUCAGAACAUUUCAAAAAGCAGCACCGGUGGUAACAGGCGACGUAAAAUGAAUAUCACCCUACCUGAAGAGGAGGUCUAUGAUAAAAGAAUGAAGCAGGUUGACACUUCAGCUGGAGCAGAGACCCUGUUAACAGAUGCCCAGCUGAUUACCCUUGCUGGGAAAUUGGGGAAGGAGUGGAUAAAAAUUGCCAUUGUCAACCUGGAUUUGGACAUUAGUGAUAUUGAUGCUAUCCGGGAGAAGAAAGAAGAUGUUACGAUUUCUAAGUUUAGAAUGCUGCAGAAGUGGAAAGAAAAGGAGCAGAGUAAUGCCACAGUCCGGAAUUUAUAUAACUGCUUGAAAAACGUCUCAGCGGAAGUCCAAGAGGUGCUGGAAGGUUUCUUAUAGGCAAUAUGAAAUUUGGAAGAUGAACAGAAAAAGGAAGCCUCAGGAACUUUUAUUUGCAAAACACCACUUCAGCUGGUCCUUGGGUACAGACUUCAUGAGACUGCAAAUGUCAGUCUCUGGAAAACCUUCUCCACGGCCAGCCACUCUGUAGCUCACACUAUCCAGUGGCAAAGAGAAUGUAAAAUUUUGGAAAACUUGAGGAAGAAAAUAACAUCAAGAUUUUUUUUUCUUUUUCGGCACCUCCUGCUCACACCAUCCCACCUGUUCCCCCACCCAAACAGGUAUAAUUACAAAGGGUGCUUAAAAUGACUCAGCUCAGGCAGGUGAGAAUGUGGUAAUUUUCUUUUUGAAGUAGUGUGGACUAUGAAAUUCUUACCAACUGUUUGAAACAUUUUUAGCAGUCACAUAGUGGUGUACUUAAACUUGCACCAAUUUAGUUUAGCUUUUAUCAUAUUGACAUAAAUCAUGAAGAGAGGUACCUUCAGCCUCCACACAGACAGACACACGUGCCUCUGGGUAACUCUAUCUGUUUUGUGGGAUAUCAUUUUGUAUCUCACAGAACUAACCUGUCUGGCUAGUGGUCUGCUAAGCUGUUAACCCUAUCAUGCUACCUGGUCCUAGAGUGACUAGACUAAAGGAAUAUUAUCCUCUCCCCAUCCGGGGGUUGAUGAGCACACUCAGACGUGAUCUCCUCACUUCACUGGGCGAAUUCAACCAGAUCAAUCGGCAGAGUUGCAAUUUUAAUCAACCUUCUGAAAUCACCGGACCAAACACUACAUUUCUUGACUUUUACCC